AUGGCAGCCCCCAACCCUUCGUCCAACUCGUUGACCUCGACCUCGACCGCGGCGGUCUCGCUGCCACCGCGGACCAAAGCUGCAAACGCCUCGGCGAGCGCCAACUCGGGUUCAGCCGCGCCUACGUCGGCCGCACCGGUGUGGAGUCUCCAGGCCGGUCCUGAAACCAGUCUCAACGGCAGUGCCAAUGCCGACGUGCCUCUCGGUCAGUCUGCUGUGCUGCUGUGCUGCUGUGCUGCUGUGCUCCGUUCGCCAGCAGGCGUGGUGCGAGGCAAGGCACCUAGGCAUCUCGAGCUCGAUCUCUCUCCUGUCUCGCCGCCGACGAAUCAGCAGCGAGCUAAUCAUGUCGGGUCCGGUUUCCGGGUCACUCGGGGCACGCCCACAGCGUCAAAGUGCGACCAGCACAACAGGGAACGUACCAUCUGCUGCCGAGAACUCAAGGGUGAGCACCCAAUCUUGUGCAUCGACAUCGACUUCCCACGCGGCUGACUCUUUCACCGUCGUCGUUCCCUCGUGACCGGCUCCCUUCGCAACGGGCACCUGUCCUACUCGGCCGCCGCUGAGCGCUCCAGGCGAUGAUGAGCGCUCCUUGAUCGAUCCUGACGUCGUGCGCGACAUCAUGUGAGUGUGCUACCUGUGCUGGCUGUACACGGGCCACUUGCGCGAAAAGCGCUCAAAUGUCGCGGCAGGCAUGACCCGCUGCUGACCACCGCCUGCUACCCUCCUUACUGCCGUCCAGUAUUGGUCUUGCCGAUGGUAUGUGGUCUUUAGCUGUCGUACGAAUCGAAGGGAGGAUCGGGUACGACCCCAGGGUGCAGCGGUCCUCCCCUUGGUGGAGCAUCUCGGACCAGGUCACCGCUGUCGAUCUUGCUGCCGUUCACUUGUCGCCGAGACUUUCGCCGACGAUCAUCCGGGCGUUCACUUGGCUGACUCACAUACACUCUGUCCAGGUCUCACUGUUCCCUUCGGUCUCUGCGCCGGUCUGUCGUCGCUCGGAUCGUCGCGACUUGUCUACAUUGCUGGUAUCGCCGAGCUCGUCUCGGGUAGUUUGUCGAUGGGCGUCGGCGGUUACCUCUCCGCCCAGGCCGAACGAGAUCAUUACCGGUACCUCAAGAAGAACACCCGUGUCAGUUCAGGUGACUGGACGUACAAAAGAAGCGUAGACCGGAAGCUGAAUUCUUCGUUUUUCGAAUUGCAGGACCGCGUCAAGCGUUCGUGCGCCGGCGAAAUGGAACGAGAAGUCUCGGCCAUCCUAUCCCCGCUCGGCAUCGACGACUCCAUCUCACGCCGCGUUGCGGGAUCCCUCUUGAAAGUCGAAGCCACCCUCCCCGCACCCCAAGCCCCGCCUUCGAUCAUGUCGCAAUGCCUCAAAGCGAUCGCCCGGAAACCUCGCUUCUCCUCCUCUCGCGACGAAGAACGACAAGCUUUGCUCGCCCAAUCGAACGACGAGGACGAGGACGAAAAGGGUCUUACAGCUUUCCUGCUCAAAUUUGGCGAAGGACUCGAGGAAACGACCGACUUGCGACUCUUCAUGUCGGCUCUCACAAUUGGCUUCUCCUACUUCCUCGGAGGUCUGAUCCCUCUUCUACCUUACUUCUUUGUCGAAACGGCGCAACAGGGUUUGUUUAUCUCCGUCAUUAUCACCGGGAUUGUACUGAUCUUGUUCGGUGGUUUCAAGACGUAUUAUACGGGAGCGGCGAUUGGUGCUUCGGGGUACGCUUGGGGUGCGUUGAGCACGUUAGCUGUUGGUGGUGCGGCAGCAGCAGCAAGUUUCGCGAUCGUCAAGGCCUUACCGGAGGAGAACCGCUAA